GAUUCUGGGUUGACGAGAAGGAAACGAAUGGCUCUUUUUCUUCCCAUUUCGGGCCCCAUAUUACAUGAUAAGAGUCACACUCCAAAGGGUGAGAAAACAAGCAGCUGUCAAACCGGCCCGAGAAUCUAUUUGUCAGGCUUCCCAUUGGUUCCCGCAAGGGUGGAGAACAAGUGCACAAAUACAGGUGUGUGCCAGUUGCACUCUUGCGUGUUUCGAGAAUUUGAAGCAUGAAGCGGUUCGUCGCGUGGAUGCUGCUCUGGGGGCUGGCCGCCGCCCAGCACCAUCCUCAACUCCGGCACGGCAGGACGGCCAUCGUGCAUCUCUUUGAGUGGCGCUGGGCGGACAUCGCGGCGGAGUGCGAGCGCUUUUUGGGGCCCAACGGCUUCGGGGGAGUUCAGAUCUCUCCUCCCAACGAGCACAUUGUGCUGAACAAUCCCUGGAGGCCGUGGUGGCAGAGGUACCAGCCGGUGGGAUACAACCUGUGUUCUCGGUCCGGCGAUGAGCGGGAGCUGCGAGACAUGGUGGCGCGGUGCAACAACGUCGGCGUCAACAUCUACGUGGACGCCGUCAUCAACCACAUGUGCGGGUCGGCCGGCGGCGAGGGAAACCACUCGUCAUGCGGGACCUGGUUCAGCGCCAGCACCAAGAACUUCCCCGACGUUCCCUACAGCGGCUGGGACUUCAAUGACCACAAAUGCAGGACGGGCAGCGGCGAAAUCGAGAACUAUUGGGACGCAAAUCAGGUGCGUGACUGUCGCCUGGUGGGCCUUCUGGACCUCGCCCUGGAGAAGAACUACGUGCGGGAUAAGGUGGCCGAGUUUAUGAACGCGCUGAUCGACAUGGGCGUGGCCGGGUUCCGGGUGGAUGCCUGCAAGCACAUGUGGCCCGGGGACUUGGCCGCCGUCUACAGCCGCUUGCACAACCUCAGCACCGAGUGGUUCGCAGAAGGCUCCAGACCCUUCAUUUUCCAGGAGGUCAUCGACCUCGGAGGCGAGCCCAUCUCAUCUCACGAGUACUCCCAUCUGGGACGGGUGACCGAGUUCAAAUACAGCGCGAAACUGGGAACCGUCUUCCGAAGAUGGCACGGCGAGAAGUUGUGCUACACCAGAAACUGGGGAGAGGGCUGGGGUUUCAUGGCCGACGGCAACGCCGUGGUAUUCGUCGACAACCACGACAACCAGCGAGGCCACGGCGCGGGCGGCGCGUCCAUCGUCACCUUCUGGGAUCCGAGGCUCUACAAGAUGGCCAUGGGCUACAUGCUGGCGCACCCUUACGGCGUAACCAGGGUCAUGUCGAGCUUCCGCUGGAACCGGCACGUCGUCGACGGAAAGGAUCAGAACGAUUGGAUGGGACCGCCGAGUCACAGCGACGGGAGCACCAAGUCUGUUCCCAUCAACCCAGAUCAAACCUGCGGGGACGGUUGGGUGUGCGAGCACAGAUGGCGGCAGAUCAAGAACAUGGUCAUUUUCCGCAACGUCGUCAACGGACAACCUCAUACCAACUGGUGGGACAACCGUGGUAACCAGGUUGCCUUUGGCCGCGGGAAUCGGGGUUUCAUCGUCUUUAACAACGACGACUGGGACCUGGACGUGACUCUGAACACCGGCAUGCCCGGCGGCACCUACUGCGACGUCAUCUCUGGCCAAAAGGAGGGAGACAUGUGCACAGGAAAGCAGAUCCACGUCGGUGACGAUGGCCGCGCCCAAUUCCGGAUCGGCGCCCGAGACGAGGACCCCUUUGUGGCCAUUCACGCCGAAUCCAAACUGUCCAAGAACACCACUGUGCUGGUGUUCAUCUCCAUUGGAGGGCAACUUUGUUACCGCGGGGCACUGAAGAACGAAAGGUGCGUCAAGCUGGAUAUCUUCACAUUCUUCAGAGAGCAAAUAUGUCUGCUGGUGGUGGUGGUGGGAUGUCAAAUCCAAAUCCACAGGGAGAACUGUGAACAUUUGCAUUUGUUCUACUGUCCAACAUUUUCUUGAUCAGUUGAACCUACGGUGGCCCGCCGGUGUCCGCCCUGCACUUCCUUCAGCCACUGAGGACUUCCUGUCAUCACGGUGUCACUGCCGAGAGCUCAGCGCUGGUAGCGCGGCAGAAAAUGGGGGACCCCAGAGACCCCGCUCUCCGUCUCUCUUUAUCUUUAUCUUUAUAAACACAACCCCCACCUACGUUACGCUGUUGACUGAGUGGCAGCGUCCAAGGUCCAGAUAGCGGAAAAAGGUGAUUCUUUACCAAAACAUUCAUUUCAUCUCAUCUCAGUUGUUAUGGCAACGUGACCCGAGAGCAGGGGAAAGAAAGUGGUUAUUUGAUUCCGUCGCCUUCUGGAGAUAUGGAUGCUGAAUGUGGCUUUUUGAGGGGAAAUAAUCACAACAACCGUCGAGAUGAUGGUUAAAGAGAUAAUACAAAGGGGACACCAGGGUCCGACUGAUGAGGGAUCGAUGCACUGAAUUCGAAUGGGGGUGGGCGUCAUGUUAAAAAGGCCGAUCAUUGGUUCGGAGAAAUUAAUCCGUUGUGAGUCUUGGGUCUUCAAACGGAAGACCGACGCAACACCCCCCACACUUCAAGACAAUAAAUGUCCGUCGUAACAGGAUGGACGGGACAAACUCGCAACGACCCGUGUCGCAAAUUGAACAAGAAAUCAGACACUUUCAUUUGAAGCCGCCAUUUUGGCCAGAAAAUUGGCUCUGAUGAACCCCGAUCCUGAACCGAACGUUUAAAUAAUAACGAAUGCUUAGAAUUUGUUUUUUAAUUCGGAUUUUGUAAUUAUAAUAUACACCAUGGCUACACAAGGAUCAAUUGAUGAAAACAAGACAAUUUUAAUGUGUCCUCAGAAUGCUAACACAGUUGAGGUUAGCAUGUUGGCUUGGGUCCCUUAUCAGCAGUUUCCACAAAGAUUAUUUGGCCACCCUUGGCUUCCACACUCAAAAUAAAUGUAAAGGAAAGGACACCAGGACAACCUAAACUUCUGGACAAUCCUCAGCUGCGCUAUCUUCAAGUAUUGGUCGAGCUGCUGUAGCUUCCGAUUAGCCGCAGAGACGUCAAGUGUUGCUGGGUGAGCUCUUUGGCGCUGCGUUCAAGUAUAUCCCAAAAUUGUUUUGUUUUUUUCUUUCAGAACAAACUCAUUUGAACUCAUCUUUACAGUCUUACAGUCGCAGGACUAACACACACACACACACACACACACACACCCACACACACAUAUUCAGUACUGCCCUCAAAGAAGUUGCUCAAUCAGACGCAAGGGGGCAGUGUUGUAACAGGCAGUGUCACAUACAGGAUUUGCCCUGUUGAAUUCUCGCCAUCGCCACUUGAAAGUCAGAAACAAAUCAUCUGCUAUAUAAAAAUCAAUUCCAGAGUUCUGAUUUUUGACCACCAGCUCGUAUUCGGAAGGAUAAACACCCAAAGCCACAGUUUUCCCCUCACUGAAGUAAGGGCUGGCUAAAGUUUACUCAAUAAUUUUUAUUGUAAUUAUUGUAAAUUGUAAAUAACUGGGAAUUUCUCCAUUAUGAGACAAAUAAAGUUUUUUUUCUUAUUUUCUAAAAUAUCUCAUCAAAAACCAUAUUUCACUUUA